UUGUAUUCUCGGUCUUCCACUCUCAUAUGAAUAUUGCUUUUCUUUCUCUUCCUCACACAUUGCUUUUCGUACUGUAUACACCCUCUCAACAAAACCAUGGCUGAUCUUGCCUUUCCUUUGGCAACCAAACUCAUUGAAAAGCUCGGGUCCAUUACUUCUGAGCAGAUCUUCUUGGCAUGGGGCGUUGAAGCUGAUCUGAAAAAGCUUCAGCGCACGAUGUCCAUCAUCAAAGAUGUUCUCUUGGAUGCCGAACAAAAGCAAGAACAUAACCAGCAGAUACGCAGUUGGCUAAGACAGCUUAAAGAUGCAUUUCUCGAUGCCGAGGACUUGUUGGAUGAGUUUGAGUGCGAAGCUUUGCGGAGGGAAGUGGUGGAAACAUUUCAUGGCACAACUGGAAAGGUACGCCGUUUCUUCUCUCGUUCUAAUCCAAUCGCAUUCCGUUUCAGAGUAGGCAAUGAAAUCAAGGAGAUUAGAGAGAGGUUAGAUGGACUCAAGUCCGAUAAGGCUAUGUUUGAUUCUCUCACUAGUAUUGAUCAUCAUGGAGGUGGUGGUGAUCAUCAUGAAAGAGUGAAUGUGACCCACUCCUUCGUUCGUGCUUCAAAGGUUAUUGGUAGAGAAUCUGAGAAGAAACAAAUUGUAAAUCUCUUGAUGGAACAAGGUGAUGAUGAUCAAAGUGGGAAUGGGAAUGUCUCUGUUAUUCCUAUAGUGGGGAUUGGAGGUUUAGGGAAGACCACACUUGCCAAGUUGGUGUACGAUGAUGAAAGGGUCGUUGGGCAUUUCCAAAAGAGGAUGUGGGUGUCUGUUUCAGUGGACUUUGAAAUUACUAGAUUGAUAAAGAUGGUUCUUAGUUCCGCAUUAGAUACAGAGAUGGGUGAUAAAUUGAGUCUGGAUCAAUUGCAAGGAAGGCUACGUCAUGCUUUAAAGGAUAAUAAAUUUUUGCUUGUUUUGGAUGAUGUUUGGAAUGAGGAUCCUAUUAAAUGGAGUGAGUUAAGAGAUUUAUUGAUAGAGGGAGCCAAGUCAGGAAGUAAGAUUUUAGUGACCACAAGAAAUACCUCGGUUGCUGAGAUGAUGGGUACCAUUCCAACAAGCAUUAAUUUAGAAUUUCUUUCUUUCAAGGAUUGUUUGUCUUUGUUUGUAGAAUGUGCUUUUAAAGAGGGACGUGAUAAAGGCUAUCCUAACCUCUUUGAAAUGGGAAAGGAUAUUGUCAGAAAGUGCGGAGGGGUUCCACUGGCAGUGAAAACUUUAGGGAGUCAACUAUACUCAAAGACUGAUGAACGAGAAUGGAAAUUGGUGAGAGAUUCUGAGAUAUGGAAAUUAGAAGGGGAAGGUGCUGGUCACAUCUUACCUGCUCUGAAAUUGAGUUAUACCCAAUUGCCUCCUCAUUUGAGACAAUGUCUUGCUUACUGUUCCCAUCUUCAGAAGGAUUGGAUUAAAUAUAGUAGUUAUGAAUUGAUCAGAUAUUGGAUAGCACAUGGAAUCCUUGAUCAGUAUCAUGUUCAUGGGAAUAUGGAGUUGGAAGACAUUGGGGAGUUGUAUUUUAAGGAUUUAUGGGCGAGAUCCUUCUUUCAAAACGUUAUUGAUAAUCAUAUUUUCUUCAAAUUUGAUAUGCAUGAUCUUAUCCAUGAUCUUGUACAAUCAAUUGCACAAGGUGAGUGUUUUACAGUGAAGUCUGCAAACACCAAAGACAUAUCUAAAAAUGUUAGACAUUUGACAGUUUUGGAAGCUGACCAAAAUGUUUUAACAACCUUGCAAAAGUUGAACAAAGUGCGGACUAUAACAGCAGAGGAAACAAAGAUUGAUGAAUCCUUCAUGUGCACUUGCUUUUCAAGACUCAAGUAUUUGCGAGUGGUUGUGUUACCUAGAUGUUCAUUACAAGUGUUGCCAAGUUCCAUUGGUUCCUUGAAACAUUUGAGAAAUCUGAACUUGAGUUAUAAUGAAGCAAUAACGAAACUCCCCAAUACAAUUUGCAAACUGCAGAGCUUGCAAAGUCUCGAUCUUGAUGGAUGUGGAAAUCUUGAAGAGUUGCCCAGAGAUGUAAGCAAAUUGAUCAGCCUCACAUCACUUUGGUUAACGACGAAACAAACAAGUUUGACAGAGAAUGGAGUGGGAUGCUUGAAAUCACUUCAAUUUCUUGGUAUUGUCAAGUGUAGUAAUUUAACCUCUUUGCCAUGUGAAAUAAGCUAUCUUGCUUCCUUACGGACUCUAGUGCUAGACAAAUGUGAACAACUGGAUUUGGGGAAAGUAAAUUAUCAAGGAACUCCACUGAGGCUUCAAAAAUUGUGGAUUAUAAAUUUACCACGGAUGGUGGCAUUGCCUGAAUGGCUUCAAGGAGUGGCUAACACCCUUCAAUUCUUGGCUAUUGACGUGUGUGAGAAUUUGGAGGCAUUACCCGAGUGGUUGGCAAGUUUCACAUCACUCAAAAAGUUGGUCAUUGGUUCAUGUCAAAAAUUGUCGUCUCUGCCAGAGGGGAUGCGUUCUCUUACCUCCUUAAGAGAUCUUGUGAUUGUUGAUUGUCCUGAAUUGGAGAGGAGAUGCCAGCGUGACAUUGGAGAAGAUUGUCCCAAGAUUUCUCAUGUGCCAUAUGUUUCCUUUCACUGGUUGGAUUGAUUUCUCGAUAUAUAAUAGAUGCAAACAAGGUGGAUCCCUCUCGUGUGUUUGUUCUGUACUAAUUUCUAGUUUCUUUCUUCAGCUAUCUUAGUAUUUCUUUCUUUCCCCUUGUUUGUUUGUUGUGUUGUG